AUGGCUGCUCCUGCGGCCUUCCUUCCUGCUCUCGCAGCUAGGUUACCCCAGGAUGCCCCCUUCAUCACGCCCACAGGUGCUGCUGCACCAGCGGCAGAGGUAGCCACCGUCGGCAUCAUGACCGUCCCCAAUGACGACUCGAUCCCCUCCGAGACCGUAGACGCCGUCAUCGUCACCCUGACGCCGAGCCCGACACCGCCAGAUCAGCAGCAGCAGCAGCAGCCUCCCACGCCCCCGGAGAAGUCCGUCUUCCACGCAGAGAGGCCGUCCCCCUCAGCCCCGGCCCCGGCGUCGUCGACAGCCACCGCCGGGUCGCCGUACAAGAAGGACAAGCCCGCCGACUGCGAGCUCCUUGGCCCCUUCGCGCUGCUCGUCCAGCUCGCGCUCGGCGGCCUCGCGCUGCUGUCGCUCGUCUACAAGCGCUGGCGGGAGCGGCCCCAGCGGCCCGUCAAGAUCUGGUUCUUCGACGUGUCGAAGCAGGUGUUUGGCUCCGUGCUCGUGCACAUCUCCAACGUCUUCAUGUCCAUGCUGACCUCGGGCCGCUUCUCGGUCCUGGAGCCCGGGACGGCGGCGGCGGGCGGCGUGGGCGGCGGCGUGGCGGCGCGGCUGGCGCGCAGCUGGGCGCCCGAGCUGUUGCGCCGCGCGGCCGAGGACGAGUACACGCCGAACCCGUGCUCGUUUUACCUGCUGAACCUGGGCAUUGAUACCACCCUCGGCAUCCCCAUCCUCAUCGUCCUCCUCCGCAUCACCACCGCCCUCGUCUCCUACACGCCCCUCGGCCAGCCGCCCGAGUCGAUCCGCUCGGGCUACUACGGUCGCCCGCCCAACGCGUGGUGGUGGCUCAAGCAGAGCGUCAUCUACUUCUGCGGCCUCUUCGGCAUGAAGCUCUGCGUCCUCGUCAUCUUCCUCCUGCUGCCCUGGAUCUCGCGCGUCGGCGACUGGGCCCUCGGCUGGACCGAGGGCAACGAGCAGCUGCAGAUCGUCUUCGUCAUGAUGAUCUUCCCCCUCGUCAUGAACGCCGCGCAGUACUACAUCAUCGACAGCUUCAUCAAGCAGCGGGAGGCCAAGGACGAGCACGGGGAAGGGGGCAACGAGAUUGGCGGUCCGCGGUACGACCACGUGCCCGGCCAGGACGACGACGACGUCGGGGAAGAGGAGGAGCUUGAGGACGAGGACCGCGAGGGACACCGCGUCCAGCAGAAGCAGGGCGGCUCCAGGACGACGACGACGACGGCGCGCAAGGACAGCCGCGAGUACGACCCCGAUGUCGACGGCGACGGGCAGACGGUGUUUGGCAGCAGCUCGAGCAAGGGCGGCGAGCCCCGAAGCGGCAAGCUCGUGCCCGAGGAGCUGUAUCCUCACGAGUGA